ACACCCAAGUGGAGCCACAGAUCGAGACCAACGAGCAUAAUAGAGAGAACCCACUUCGAAGAAAGUCGGGUCUUUGAAGAAAAAAGAAUCAAUCCCCAAUGAACGCUAACAAAGACAAUUUUUUUUUUUUCCUUUUAAAAAAAUUGUGUCAUAUUUCUCUUAUUAUUGUUUUAUUGUUAUUGGCAUUUCUAAAAUUCUUCUGUUUCUGCAUUAUUUUUUUUCUUUCCCUGUCUUUGUCAUUAACUCUAUAAUGUAAUGUAAGGUUGGUUGGUGUUUCUUGUAAUAAGAGCCUGCGAGAGUGGGCUAAGGCUCAGACUGAGAGAGCUGCGGGCUUUGUGGGUUUGGAGUGAUGAGAGAAGAAGAUAGGUUUAUUCUGUGAGAGUGUGAGUUGAGUAUCAACUUCAAGGCUUCUGCCUUCUAGUGUAGCUUCAUGGAAACCAAAGGAAGACUCAUUGCAGGUUCUCAUAAGAGAAAUGAGUUUAUUCUCAUCAAUGCUGAUGAGACUGCAAGAGUGACUUCUGUUAAAGAACUGAGUGGGCAAAUUUGCAAGAUCUGUGGUGAUGAGAUAGAGGUUACAGUAGAUGGGGAGCCAUUUGUUGCUUGCAAUGAAUGUGCAUUCCCUGUUUGUAGACCCUGCUAUGAGUUUGAAAGAAGAGAGGGAAACCAAGCCUGUCCUCAAUGCAAAACCAGAUACAAGCGUAUCAAAGGGAGUCCUAGAGUUGAAGGGGAUGAAGAAGAGGAGGAUACAGAUGAUUUGGAGAAUGAAUUUGAUAUUUCUGCCGACGGCAGGAGAAACCCUCAUCACAUUACAGAGGCUAUGCUCUCUGCUCGCCUUAACAUUGGCCAGGGUUCACAAGCCAAUGUUUUGGGGUUUGUUACACCAUCUGAGGUUGAUUCUGUUUCUGUAGCUCCUGAGAUUCCUCUUGUGACUUACUAUGAAGAGGAUAUUGCGAUUUCCUCUGACAAGCAUGCUGUUAUUAUACCCCCAAUUCGUGGAAAACGGAUUCAUCCAAUGCCAUUACUUGACACUUCAAUGUCUACACAACCAAGAGCUAUGGAUCCUAACAAAGACUUGGCAGUGUAUGGAUAUGGAACAAUUGCAUGGAAGGAGAGAGUGGAGGAGUGGAAGAAAAAGCAGAGCAAAAAACUUCAAGUGGUUAAGCACCAAGGGGAAAAGGAUGGUGGAAACAAUGUUGGUGAUGAGUUGGAUGAUCCUGAUUUACUCAUGAUGGAUGAAGGAAGACAGCCUCUUUCAAGGAAGUUACCAAUUCCUUCAAGCAAGAUAAAUCCAUACAGAUUGAUAAUUUUGCUCCGGCUUGUGAUUCUUGGCCUCUUUUUUCACUAUAGAAUUCUCCAUCCUGUCAGUGAUGCUUAUGGAUUGUGGCUAACAUCAAUAAUUUGUGAAAUAUGGUUUGCCGUAUCAUGGAUAUUUGAUCAAUUUCCAAAAUGGUACCCAAUUGAACGUGAAACAUAUCUUGAUCGAUUAUCGUUGAGGUAUGAAAAAGAGGGGAAGCCAUCUGAGUUAGCUGCUGUAGACAUAUUUGUUAGCACUGUUGAUCCAUUGAAAGAACCUCCUCUUAUCACAGCAAACACAGUUCUGUCCAUCCUUGCUGUUGAUUAUCCAGUUGACAAAGUUGCAUGCUAUGUCUCUGAUGAUGGUGCUGCUAUGCUCACUUUUGAAGCACUAUCUGAGACAUCUGAAUUUGCAAGAAAGUGGGUCCCUUUCUGCAAGAAGUUCAAAAUUGAACCUCGGGCUCCAGAAUGGUACUUUGCCCAGAAGGUUGACUAUUUGAAAGAUAAAGUAGAUCAUACAUUUGUUAGGGAACGCCGUGCCAUGAAGAGAGAAUAUGAAGAGUUCAAAGUUCGAAUAAAUGGAUUGGUUGCCAUGGCACAAAAGGUUCCUGAGGACGGUUGGACAAUGCAAGAUGGGACCCCGUGGCCAGGGAAUAAUGUCAGGGAUCAUCCAGGAAUGAUUCAGGUUUUCCUGGGUCAUAAUGGUGUUCACGAUGAUGAAGGAAAUGAAUUGCCUCGUCUAGUUUACGUGUCUCGUGAGAAGAGACCAGGAUUUGAGCACCAUAAAAAAGCUGGGGCAAUGAAUGCUUUGGUGAGGGUAUCUGCAAUCAUAACAAAUGCUCCAUAUCUACUGAAUGUUGACUGUGAUCACUAUAUAAACAACAGUAAGGCACUUCGUGAAGCCAUGUGCUUCAUGAUGGAUCCAAUAUCUGGAAAGCAAGUCUGUUACGUACAAUUUCCUCAAAGAUUUGAUGGGAUUGAUCAUCAUGAUAGAUACUCCAAUCGUAAUGUUGUAUUCUUUGAUAUCAACAUGAAAGGAUUGGAUGGGAUCCAGGGACCUAUAUAUGUUGGUACUGGAUGUGUCUUUAGGAGGCAGGCACUUUAUGGAUAUGAUGCCCUGGUGAAGAAGAAGCCACCAGUGAAGACAUGUAAUUGCUUGCCAAAAUGGUUGUGCUGCUGCUGUUGCAGAUCUAGAAAGAAGAAUAAGAAAGCAAAAUCAAAUGAGAAAAAAAAGAACGGAGAGGCUUCUAAGCAGAUACAUGCACUGGAAAAAAUUGAGGAGUGUAUUGAAGGAAUAGAUAAUGACAAAUCAGAGCUAAUGUCCCAAACAAAAUUUGAGAAAAAAUUUGGGCAGUCACCUGUUUUUAUAGCUUCAACACUCAUGGAAGAGGGUGGACUUCCAAAAGAAGCAACUUCUGUAUCACUUUUGAAAGAGGCCAUUCAUGUCAUUAGCUGUGGUUAUGACGAUAAAACUGAAUGGGGUAAAGAGGUUGGGUGGAUAUAUGGCUCUGUUACUGAGGACAUAUUGACCGGCUUCAAGAUGCAUUGCCAUGGCUGGCGUUCAGUUUAUUGCAUACCAAGAAGGCCAGCAUUUAAGGGGUCAGCUCCAAUAAACCUUUCAGAUCGUCUACAUCAGGUUCUACGGUGGGCACUAGGAUCUGUUGAGAUUCUGUUGAGUAGGCAUUGUCCGAUAUGGUAUGGGUACGGGUGCGGCUUGAAACCGUUGGAGCGGUUUUCAUACAUAAAUUCAGUUGUUUAUCCGUUGACAUCAAUUCCCUUGGUCGCCUACUGUACAUUGCCAGCUAUUUGCCUCCUUACAGGGAAAUUCAUCGUCCCUGAGAUCAGUAACUAUGCAAGUCUCAUUUUCAUGGGCCUCUUCAUAUCCAUAGCAGCAACUAGUGUCCUUGAAAUGCAAUGGGGAGGAGUUGGCAUACACGACUGGUGGAGAAAUGAGCAGUUUUGGGUGAUUGGUGGCACCUCAUCCCACCUAUUUGCUUUAUUCCAGGGUCUGCUCAAGGUAUUGGCAGGUGUUAACACUAAUUUCACUGUUACUUCCAAAGCAGGAGAUGACGGAGAAUUUUCAGAGCUCUACCUAUUUAAAUGGACAUCUUUGUUGAUCCCUCCCAUGACCUUACUCAUCAUAAACAUUAUUGGAAUCAUAGUUGGAGUUGCAGAUGCCAUCAAUAAUGGUUAUGAUUCAUGGGGUCCACUAUUUGGUAAGCUAUUCUUUGCAGUCUGGGUCAUUGUCCAUCUUUACCCAUUCCUUAAGGGUUUGAUGGCCAAACAAGACAGGCUUCCCACCAUAAUUGUUGUGUGGUCAAUACUUGUAGCUUCAGUUUUCUCACUGGUGUGGGUACGAAUCAAUCCAUUUGUGUCAAGAGGUGGUAUUGUGUUAGAAGUUUGUGGGUUGGAUUGUGAUUAAGCCAUUAAAUCACAUUACAUGGAAUGUUAGAUUUUGGUUAAACGUAGAAAAGAUCAUUUUAGAAAAUGCAUAAGCAAGCUACAUUCUUCAUCGAAGAUGAAAAACAUCUGGUGGGAAGGCACGAUUCUUCUCCAUAAGUUCUAGAGGAAAUGAAUAUCCUGGUGGGUGGGUGUGUAGAUAUAAGGGACUUAAGACAUAUUUUCUCCUGUUUUGCCUAGUUUCUGAAGAUUCUUUUGAUACAUGCGGAGUUCUUGAUUAUUAGACCUGUCUGUAAUAUGAGAGAACAUGCUUUAUUUAAUUUAUGCAUUCCCUUCUGAAUGAAGGCCGAAAUACAAAAUUGCCUUUCAUUA